AUGAUCAGUGUAGCCCCAGCAGUGCCACCUUUCAGUGUCCAUCAGUGCCACAUCAAUGCCACAUAUCAGUGCCCAUCUGAGCUGCCUUUCAGUGUCACCCAUCAGUGCCAGUCAGUGCCACCUAUCAGUGCUGCCAGUCAGUGCUGCCUAUCAGUGCCAUGUAUCAGUGCUGCCUUUCAGUGCCCAUCAGUGAUGCCUGUCAAUGCCCAUCAGUGCCACCUACCAGUGCGUCCUCAUCAGUGUCCAUCAGUGCCACCUAUCAGUGUCCAUCAGUGCAGCCUAUCAGUGCCCAUCAGUGCAGCCUCAUUAGCGCACAUCAGU